AUGGCUUAUAUAUUAUUAUAUGUGGAUAACAUUAUUUUAGCUGCUUUUUCUGCUGAUCUUCGAAAGUCCAUUAUUGUCAUUCUUAGCUCUGAGUUUGCUAUGAAGGACUUGGGUCCUUUGAGUUAUUUCUUGGGGAUUGUUGUUACUCGUCAUGCAGGUGGCUUGUUCUUGUCACAAAAUAAGUAUGCAUUAGAAAUCAUUGACAGAGGUGGCAUGUCUUCUUGUAAGCCAUCUCCUACUCCAGUUGAUACUAAGCCGAAGAUGAGUGCUACUUCUAGCACACUAUAUGCAGAUCCCACUCUAUAUAGGAGCCUCGCAGGGGCUCUUCAAUAG